UAAGGAUAUAUUUUUUUCAUCAUUUUAAGCUGAAAUGAUUUCGACAUACCCUCCAGAUUUUAAUCAUUUGGGUCAAGCACUUGGCAUUAAUAUUUUAACCUACCCUAUUACAAAUGCAAAAAUUUUAAUACAGCUUGGUCAUGAGCCACUAAGCCCUUAUCUGACAAAGGAUUUAUUUGGAAGGAGUGUUGGGUGUUAUCCAAAUGUUUUUGGCUAUAUGGGGCACAUUAAAAGGACUGCGGGAGUUAUGGGUCUUUACAAAGGACUUUCUGCGAAAAUAUGUGAAUGCUUAAUUUCAGCAACUGUGUCAAUACAUGUUUCUAAAAAAUUAAAAGAAAAGUACCCUGGCCCUAACCUCAAGGAAAUUAUAGCCAUGCGGGGCAAAAGGAGACCUGACCCAGAAGAGUUGAUAUAUUCGGCUUCUGCCCCACUGCUUUACAACACUGAUGGUGGAGAAUUGGUUGCUGAUGAUCAGAGGCUAUGGGAAACAUUUUAUGUGGAACUAGCGAGAGAAUCCUUAUGUCAUUUGGCGGGCAUAGUUGCGAGUCAACCUUUUCACGUUGUAUGCGUCAGAAUGAUUGCGGAUUACAUUGGGAAAGAAGCCAAAUACUCAGGUAUAUUUGCGUCGAUAGCUGAGAUUAAAAGCAAUGAUGGUUUGCCUGGAUUUUUCAGUGGAUUGAUGCCUAGGGUGUUGGGCGAAUUAUUUACCUUUUGGAUUUCGUAUACCCUGGCUUACUUCGCCAACAAAUACAUCCUGGAUAAUACUGAAUUGCAAAAUCAUUCGCUGACCAUUGCCGGGAUUAUAGCGAAUAUUUUCACCUACCCAUACACCUUAGUUGGUAAUAUCAUGUGCGUUACUGGGGCAACAGGAUUAAGAGCUGGGCGGCCUCCCCUUAUGUUGUUUUACAAGAAUUGGUUUGAUUGCUGGAAUCAUUUAAGUGCUCAAGGUCAACUCAAAAGGGGAUCUCAGCUUUUCUGGAGAACUUUGCCAAUGCUGAAAAAUGUAGACUAUGCUACAUUGGAUUAGAAAUAAAUAAAAUUAUUUUAAUCUAGCCGACAAUACUGAUAUACCCCCCUUGUUUUUUUUAAAUUAAAAAUGUAUUAUUUAUGCUUUCUCUUCUAUCUUGCUCACUUUGAGUAUGCAUGGAACGUUAUACAACCGAACUAAAUUAACAUAUGAUAAAAGCAUUUAGUUUGAUAGAUUUAUUUAUUUUUCUAAAUGAUUAUAAUUUUGAAUCAAAAAUUUAAUCAAUUCGUAUUUACUUGCCAUAAUUAAAGGGGUUUUAAAAAUAUAUUUCUUUUUAUAACCCCACCUCCUCUUUCUCCAUAAUUGGUAGGAAUAGGAUACGGGAUCUUUUUUUAACAGAUAGAAAUUUUAUUGUAUCUAUAAAUUAUUAUGGUAGUGUAGGCGUAUUAUAUAUUCAUAUUAUCUAUACUGUUUUAUAGAUCACAAUUAGCCAGUUUUUAGCUUUUAUUAUUGUAUUAGAUUUUGUUUAUAGUCACAUAUAUUAGAUAAUAAAAUAAA